CUUGUUCGAUACUCGCACUCACGUUCUUGAUUACUUUAAUCUUCUGCAACUGGAGAAUUAUUUUGGGCUGAUUCUUCCUACCUGGUGUCAACAAUGGCUGAUCGAGUACACGCUAACGACUCGCCGCCGUUUUCGGAGAAGUCUGGCGAAGUAGCAGAACAGAAUGCGCAGCAGCCGGGAAAACCGCAACUGCCGGUUUCUGCAAAGCCGGUUCCGCCGCCGCCUGGGACUUACGUCAUCCAGGUUCCGAAGGAUCAGAUAUACCGCUAUCCUCCGCCGGAGAACUCCCGCCGUUUGAAGUCCUUCAGCCGCCGGAAAAGUCGGCGCGGAUGCUGCUGCAGGUGCCUCUGCUACACUCUGUGUCUCCUCGUGGUCCUCAUUGUCGCCCUCGCCAUCGCCGCCGGCGUUUUCUACCUCGUUUUCCGCCCUGAGUCGCCGAAUUACACCGUCACCGACGUCGCAAUCAAGGGGCUGAACGUGACGUCACGCUCCGCGGUUUCGCCCGAGUUUGACGUCAUCGUCCGAGCGGAGAAUCCUAACGAUAAGAUCGGGAUUUUUUACCGGAAAGGGAGCUCCGUUAGGGUUUCUUAUUCCGGCAUUGAGCUCAGUCACGGUGAAUUGCCGGUGUUUUUUCAGCCGUCAAAUAACGUGACGGAGUUCCGCACGGCGCUUAAGGGAUCCGGCGUGUUGCUGGGUAACACCGUUAGAUCGUCGCUGGUUCGUCAGCAGAGACAACGGAAAGUAACGUUUAAGUUGAACGUAGAAACGCCCGUCAAAAUUAAGGUCGGGGCAGUGAAGACGUGGGAGAUCACUGUGAAGGUUAAAUGUGACGUCACCGUGGAUGCUUUGAAUGAGAAAUCCAACGUGGUUUCAAAGGAUUGUAAUUACAGUGUGAAAUUGUGGUAGAAAAUUGGUGUUUUAAUAUUUUUGUUUUAUUAAAUUCAUUCUUUUGAACAGCACAUACUUUAUAAUGAGAAAAAUGAUAUUUGAACUAUA